AUGGAUGAUCAGACGGACCCUUCGAAGCCCUCUGUGCCCGUCUCCUUCCCCGUCAGGGACCUGGAGUCUCUGGCGUCGGGGUCCUACCUGGAGUCCUUCCACUACCCCUUCAUCAAGGCGUCGGUUCCCCUCUCCACCGCUGCUGCCGGUGGGCUUCCCCCCCGGCGUAGGCUUCUCGUCUGCCACGACAUGGCGGGUGGAUACGGAGACGAUAAGUGGGUCCAAGGGGGAUCCAACCCCGACGCCUACGCAAUUUGGCACUGGCACCUCAUGGAUGUGUUUGUGUACUUCUCCCACAAUCUGGUCACUCUGCCGCCGCCGUGCUGGAUGAACGCCGCCCACACGCAUGGCGUCAAGGUGCGCGAUCCUCUCUUUCUUUCUCCAUCCUUGAUUACGCAUGGCUUUACGUCGUAGCUCCCAUUGUUUGGCCAUAUGGCAGGUCUUGGGAACGUUCAUCACAGAAUGGGACGAAGGAAGAGCGGUUUGCCGGAAAUUGCUGUCAUCGAAGGAUUCAGCUCGGAUGUAUGCUGAGCGGUUAGUGGAGAUCUCCACCUCACUGGGCUUUGAUGGUUGGCUGGUAAAUUCCCUCUUCGUUCCCCAUUGCCCUGCUACAGUAGUUUGCGAUGCUUCGGUUCAUUGGUCUUAUUCGUACAAUAUGUUUCUUGUACAUUACCGAAAAAACUGAUAGCGAUUCAAUUUGUGAAUCUUUGAAAACCAUUGGUUCAUCAUUGUAAAAGGUUCGUGUGCUGCUUUCUUCCGAGUAUUAGGCUAUUUCAAGAAUGCCAAUAUGUGAAUCGGGAACACAAAUAGGUAUGCAUGUCUUUGUUAGGAGCGAUGAGAUUUCCUCGAUUUAGUUUUGGAGAGUUUGGAGCAUAAUAGCGAAACACAAUUUGUGUCCUAACCCGGGUUCAUUUUUUUUAGUGAGUUUUCUAAGGUCGAAAUAUGCUAAAAAUGAAGGUAAUAUGAUAAAGUUUUGCUCUUUGAAGUUACAAGCUAAGAUUUAUGUGUAUAAAUUAGGCUUUUAUGAGUGCACGAAUUCAAUCAAGGAACUGCGCGUCAACAUUGACGUCUAAAAAUUCUUAGCUUGUAACUUCAAAGAGCAACUAAGUGACAACGGACCAAUUUGUGUCAGCUCGUCGACAUCUAGGCCUAUGAAUAAAUAAUAGGUUUUGACGAGUCACAGACAUGUCCCGACACAUCAAGUUCAAAAUAGAACUGUAUUGUAUGAAGUAAACAUUCGUCUCAACAAUUUUGGAGGAUACGUUGACAACCUACUUUACUGAUAAGCGUCGACACUUACAGAGUAGUAAUUGGAAAAUAAAAGUGAAAUCCAAAGAGAUCGUUGGGCCUUUUUUUUUAGGCACCUUGGGUUUUUUCAGGUCACAAUUUACGGUUCAGUCAAUGCUUAUAAACUAGUCAUUGUAGUGCGAAAAAUCCAAAGUUCUCAACUUCUUUAGUCUCUCUGGUUCCUCCAUUUAAGGUGGGAGGUUCUAUUUCAAGAUCGUUAAAGCUUUUGAAACCGGAAUUAUUUUCUGGCUUCCUCCAUUGUUUUGCAAGAUGUUUGUUUCGUUUUUCAUUUGUUCCUUGUGAUAUAGGAGCAAACCUGCUAUUGAGCAAUGCCUGGUUCAAAGUGAGAAGGUUCGGUCUACAUCUUUAGAGAAUUAACUUGUUGGUGUUGGUAACCUAGUGAAAAUCUCGAUGUGAACUUAACAAGUCAAGAAGUUCCGGGGUUGGCUUGUGAUUGCUUCAUGCCUCGAUUUGCUUUAGUUUGCACAAGGGAAUCGCAUCUCAUAUAGUUCUGCCAUUUCAGUCCUACAGCUCAUUACCUAGGGACAACAACCUUAUGUGAUUCUACCGAUUUCUCUUGCUUGCUUCUGAAAUGCAGUUCCCUGAAUAUACAGUUUUGCCUUUGUUGCAGAUAAAUAUGGAGGUCGAGCUUGACUUGAUGCAGAUACCGAUCUUGAUGGAAUUCCUCAGUCAUUUAACUCAAACCAUGCAUGCUGCUGUCCCUGGAUCACUGAUCAUUUGGUGACUUGAAGACUAAAUAUUUUUCUUAUAAUGCUUAAUUUUUAAUAGUGCUAAAAGUCUUCGGUAUUUCACUUCCAUAAAAUCCAAUCUUUCUGACGCAGGUAUGACAGUGUGACUAAGUAUGGGAAGCUUCGUUGGCAAAAUAUGCUGAAUGUGAAAAACAAACCUUUUUUCGACCUAUGUGACGGGAUAUUUAUCAACUACACAUGGGCGGUAUGUCACUGCACGAUUUCUGGUGGAAAUCUAUUUUUUAGUCUUUUUUGUUGAUCUGAAUCCUAGUUGUUUGAUUCUGCAGGAAGAUUACCCAAAACUUUCGAUUGCUUUUGCUGGUGACCGCAAGUUCGAUGUGUACAUGGGCAUUGACAUUUUUGGCAGAAAUACAUAUGGUGGAGGAAAGUGGGAUGUAUGUCAUCAGAAACAUGUCUUCUUCUGGUAUUGAAAUUAUCUAUUUUGAAGAGGACUCGUUCUGUUCGUUUGUUCUUUUUCAUUCGCUAAUAAAGAAUCUGGUUUUGGGGCAUCUGCCUUGUCUUGCAAAGCAGAUGAUACUCUAAUCUUUCACUGGAUAAAAUACAUAAUUUUUUCGCUUCCAUUGUAGUCUUUUUGAGGGCUUUUUUAGCCUGUACCAGAAAUUUGGUUUCUCCACGCUAGUAAAAUGCUGACAUUGAAGUAGAUUUUUUUUGGACCGAGUAAGGAUUUCCAUUUCCUAUUAUGUAACCUGUUUUAUUUAUUUCUGAUAAUUUCAGACAAAUGUUGCACUCGACCUAUUGAAGAAAGUAGAUAUUUCAACUGCAAUUUUUGCACCUGGCUGGGUCUACGAAACCAAUCAGGAACCUGACUUCCAGACAGCACAAAACCGGUAAUGUCCAGAAAUGGUAUUUGAUUUGUUUGUUGUAUUAUUUCCUUUUAUCAAAAUGGUCGAGGAAGAUACCACGGAAUCAAACUUGGUUAUUUGAUAUAUAUUUUUUUUCAUUGAAUAAUUGCUGUUUGUUGUUAACCAAGUACAAAAUCUUCAUCUCACUUGUUGCAUUCGGGAAAUUUCAAUAUCCAAUGUAUUUAUUCAUUAAAAAGCUACUAUGCAUAAGAAAAAUGAGAUUUUGAUGGUCUUUUGCUGUAUUAUCCUGAAAAUAAUAUUUAUUUUAGAUGUCGGUUAAUUUUUAUCAUGUUCUUCCAACCUGUCGUAAACUGUUUCAAUUUUUCCAAAAAGCCCAGACAAAAUAGGGAUUCAUUGUUUGUACCUGAGAGUGGAGGGUGGGGUGGGGUGGGGCGGGGUGUUGUGGUUUCCUCCAACUGUCUGGGAAUUUGUCAGGGCUGUCUUGACGUCAAGCAAACUUGUGCUCUACGCCAGUGGAAAAAUCGUCCUAACUUGGAAUUUUGCAGGUGGUGGGAACUUGUUGAAAAGUCAUGGGGAACGAUGCGAAACUAUCCCAGAUCAUUGCCAUUCUACUCGGACUUUGAUCAGGUUGGUGGCUUGAAUAGUUCAAGAAUUUAUAAUAAUUUCCAUAUUCGAACCUAAUUUGAAAAUCCAUGAUUCUCCUUUUCCUCGUUCACUGCUACUAGUAAUUUUAUUAUGAAAAGUUUUCCUGUAAAUGAAUUAGUGUAGCGGCCGUGUCUUUAAAGCUCAUGCGAUCCAUCACGCAACAUCAUUGUAUAGUGGCAUAGAUUCAAUGCUGUUUGUUCCCAAAAAAAGUAAAAAACAAGUCAUUCUUCUGCAACGAGCAACAUCUCCCACAUAAUUUCCCAUCGAAUAUAUGUUCUAUGAUGUAAUUUUUUUCAUGUUUAGUGCGGGCAAUCUGUUGCUAAUUUGAGUUCUAACUAUUAAUCAGGGCCAUGGCUAUCAUUUCUCAAUCGAAGGCCUGAGAGUAGCCGACGCACCUUGGAAUAAUAUAUCUCGUCAAACCAUACAGGUAUUUUAUUAGACAUUGUUUAACCGAGAACACCUCAAAUCUCUUCUGAUGACCGGACCGGUUUGACCUCACUGUUUCUUCUUUUCCCUUCUUCUCCCCCUUGCAGCCUGCUCUUGACCCUCCCGUUGACUCUGCCAAACCCCCGAUUCAAGUCCAAAGGAAGUAAGCUCGUUGCUUCUGUUCGAUGAGAUCAUAGAAACAUUAGCUAAUUUAUCCUCUUUCUCAUCAUUCUAGCUUCUCGGGUGAGUCCUACGGCGGAGGAAGCAACCUCACCUUUACAGGGACUCUCAGCGACGGCUUGAUCUUCAAGACGAGGCUUUUCCUCGUGGAGCUCCCACUGGGAGAUCUUCCCCUCCAUAUCUCAUACUCUGUGAGUACCCACCACCCCCAUCUCCACUAUAUAAUCAUCAAAAUACUCAAUGACCAUCUACCUUCUUCCUGGUCUCCUCCGCAGGUGAGGUCUGAGGGGAGCUGCAUCCUGGGCCUCUUACUCUCGUUGACUUCGAACCAUGGCGGAGAGGGAUUCUCCAUCCUUGUUGCAGAAGGCGGCCGGUCCUCCCUCCCGGUCAACCUCCAGACCCAGCUCGAUCAAGUCCUUUCCCCUUCGCCUCUGCCCAGGGCCUCGGGAUGGACCCUGCGAGAAGCCCUCAUCGAGAGGCCCCACCAUACGAUGACUGAAAUCCAUGCAGUUUGCUGCAUGAAACCUGAAGGCAGCGGCGGCGGUGCCGCCUCACGUUCCUUCUACGCAGAGCUGGGGCACCUGACCAUCAGGGACUCCCGGAGGGACCUCCCGCAGGCCUCCUCCUGGCCGGUUGUCUGCGAGAACGUCUCCUGGGCCGCGGCCGGCGCCGACGGAAGGAGGGCGGUCAGCGCCGAGAUCUCUUGGCGCCUGGGGGAGGGAGUUGACUUCCCGGCCAUGUGGUAUAAUAUAUUUGCUCGCAGGUUAGCGGAUGGGGAAGAUGAUGGGGAUGAUGAUGGUGAUAAUGAUGAUGGGGAGGGCUUCCUCGGGGUGACGAGAUUGGAGAGGUUCUUCGUGUCUGAUCUCAAGGUUCCCGCCGGCGCCGUUGCCGUCAGAUUUAUCAUUCAGGUAUGCGGACCUGAUGGAGCUUGCCAGAAGCUGAAGGAGUCCCCCAAUUUUGAUCUGCCAGUUGAAGAAGGCUAA